AUGUUUCUUUCCAGCGCCUACCUCUGUCGCUCCGCUAUUUCCAGGGGGCUCUACAGUGGCCUUUUCUCUCCAGCCUCUUGCGCGACCACCGGAACUUCACUGGCUCUACCCCAACAACAAAAACGCUUUCUUGGAAAUGAAGUUCGGGGUCCAGACUUCGACCCUCUCAAUGUCAAUACUUGGAAGCUGAAGCCCCACAUGGCUGUCGUAUCAUCGGGAAUCUACGGCCGAGCACAGAGCUACGGGGAGUUUAAGCAGUUUUGUGAAAGUCUGCGGUUGCUUAUGUUUGUGUUUGGCUCCGCCGUAUUGGCAGCCGACAUGCUCCUGAUCCAUCCCACCCGUUCCGUUUACUGGCGCUCCCUCUCGCCGCUGAGGUGGCCUGGCCUUCUCGUGUGUUCAUUCUUCGGCUGCAAAGACACGAAAGGUGUCUUUGACUAUGAACAGGAGGGGUGCACCACCAGCCCAGACGGCACAAUUCGAACUGCAGCGUACGCUGCAUUCGAGAGGAUGAUGAGGUAG